AUGCCUCCACCUGGUUCGAAGGACCCACGGGAGAAGGCCGGGAAGAAUGCGUCGGGAGCUGGCCAGGGUGAAAAGCGCAAGAAGGGCGAGCCAGCGAAGGAACCGCUGAGACCAGGUUGGGUCCUGUCACAGGAAAGGUUGGCAGCACUGCACCCCUUGCAGCGCCGCCGCCACCUGCUCUUCUGUGACCUGCUUGAGGACGCCGGCGCGGCUGCUUCCAUUUUCACACGAGAAUCGGUGGACCUGCCCUACUCCAUGCCGGACCCGCGCAGAUGGACCCAGGCGCUUGAGCUGCCAACAGAGCGCCAGAACCGGAUCCUGGGCGUCCUCAAGGCAGCAGAGGCCCGCGCCCGAGUGCGCGCCCUGCGGCUGCGCUAUACCCGCAUGCGGGCGGAGGAGAUCGCGCUUCUGAUCCAGCGGCAGGGCUCCGCACGCGCCGCCAUACGGCUGGAGCUGUUCUUGCCACCGCAUCUGAAACCUACGAAGAUCCAAGACCCACUGGACCGACAAGAGGUGCCUGGCUACCCAGAGACGGGUGGGAGGGCCCCGCGCCUCGCCACACACCGGCCCCAGCCCCUCUCUCCGCAGCGGAGGCGCGUGGAGACUAUCCUGGAGGAGGCAGUGGAUGGCAGCAUCUCCCGGAGAUGA